UAUUAGUUUUCUUUAUAAACUAUCUAAUGAGAGAGUAACCUAGGCACUGGUGGUUCCAAGGGUGAUGUGCCAUACCAUUCAAACCUCAUGGUGAACUGAACUUGAUCUAGCCAAGUAGCAAUUGUGUAUUGUUAUGCAGUUCUGCCCCGAUUGUAUCCACUGCUGUACUGCAGAAAACAAAGAUGACGAGCAGGGUGGAACUGCAGAGCAUCACUGUCCAGAAAGUCCGAAGCAACUACACAACCAGAACCACUUCACUAUGGAGGAGCUACAGAUUCUAUACAGGGGCUUCAAAACAGGGUGUCCCAGUGGAAUUGUGAAUGAAGACACAUUUAAAAGCAUUUAUGUGCAGUUUUUCCCUGGAGGAGAUUCAUCAAAAUAUGCACACUUUAUCUUCAAAGCAUUUGAUACCGACCAGGACAGCUCCAUCACUUUUGAGGAGUACGCGAGGGGUCUGUCGGUCCUGCUCUGGGGUUCCACUGAUGAGAAGCUGAUCUGGACCUUCAACCUGUAUGACCUCAACAAAGAUGGGCACAUCACCAGGGAGCUGUGCAGCUCUAGAAGUCACAUUAAUAUUAAUGCAGUCCCUCUCUCCUUCAAUAAAGCUGGUUUUAGUUGGUUUCGUAUGAAAACUGUAUGGGAAAUUCUGGCUAUAAUGAAAGCCAUUUAUGCCAUGAGGGGGGAAAGUAUUCAACCAGGUCUGAAGGAGCAGGAUGACAAUAUAAUGCAGUCUAUACGGCUUUUUGAGGGCACCAUCUAG